AUGAAUACUCUAUUGUAUAGUUGGGCCUUCUUAUUUAUUACUAUUUUCCUCUUGACCAUUUUACCAACGGGACUUACGCAGAAUGUUAUAAAAUUUUCGGAAUUUAUCUAUACUGAAAGACCUAUCCAAUCUAAUCUUACAGGAAGACAACCUUUCAUCAUAGACAUUGGCCAUUAUCGAGACGGUCAAAAUACAGCUAUCAUUCGCACCGCCCGGGAAAGUUUUGACGUUGGUAUUAAUAGAUGUUUUGAGCGAAGAUUAUUACUUCGCAUUAUUCAUGAAAACAGAAGUGUUAUUCCGAUAAAUUUUGAUAAUAUUGAAGAAAUACAAGAUAUCAAUUAUUGCUAUGUUAAUGCUGUUAAAAAUCCUAUAGGAAUAUACCCAUUAUUUGAUCAAUAUAUUCUAGUAACUUAUACUCAUGCAACUAAUACUGCUGAUAAUACAACCUUUGUGGAUAGAGGUGUGGUCUUGGAUUGGAGCGGAAAAAACAUAAGUACACUCGAGUUUGGGCCAUCAUUUUUAAAUCCGGGCACCACUAAUUGGAUUCCAAGUUCAUUUAUAUCAAUUAACAUCAAUCCUAAAAGAGGAUUUUUACGUUUAUCUGGGGUUAGUGGAACAAACGAUUUCGAAUGGAGACAAUAUGCAUAUAAUGGUGAUGGAAGCUUCAGUUUAUUACAAAGUGAUAAGAAUUAUAAUAUAGGUUCUAACACUUUUCAAGCUACCGUAUUUGCUACUUUAAGCGGUGGUUAUGCAAUUGUGUAUGCUAACACGACCAUCACAAGUACACUCUCUAACUCAUUAUCCGCUCAAUUCACCGCGAAUGCUGGAAUAUAUGCCAUAAUAUUAAAUUAUAAUCAAUCAUAUACAAGUGAUCCAAUUAUUUUACAUGAAAUGCCUACCCCUAAUCUUUUGGUAGCAUUCACUAGCUUAUAUUGCUCUGUCGACUAUGCCAACAUUGGUCAUAUAUGUAUUUUAUCUGGAUUAUCAGCUAAUAAUACUAGAAUAAUUACACCCACAACUACUACAAGUACCACACCAACUACCUCCAUUACUCCAUUUUAUAUAAAAGUACGAUAUGCUGUAAUCUUACGAACUCCUAUUGUUGGACAAAUUAUAAAUUUCACAUUUAAUCUUUACGAUGAAGAUAAUAGACAAUUCAAGUAUGCGCCUCUCACUUCAAAUUUAGUUGAUAAUGGUUAUGGUAAUUUAAAUGUGGAUACAACAUACCCUCAAAAAGGCAUUAGUAAUCUAGCAUUGAAUACCGAAGAAAUUAGUAUUACGUUUCAUGACCGCGUUUCAUUUUCAUAUUCUGAUGCCAAUUUAACCAUCUAUCAAAGAAUCAAUCAAACUGAUAUUAUUCGACAAUUAAUUAAUGCAAAAACUUGUAGUAAAUGUGCUGCCUCUGACAAAGUCAUCACUCUUGAUGUAUUUAGGUGUACUUUUAAUGAUCCAGGUGGUCAAUAUUAUAUACAAAUGGAUAAUAAUUUCAUAAAAAGUAGUGAAUACGGAGAACCCAUGCUUGGAAUUGGUUCAAAUAUGUGGACUUUUCAAACAGGUAAUGUCUUGGGGAAACUACGAUUAACAACAAAUGGAACCUUAUAUUUUCAGAAAUUGAAUGAGUCGGAAAAACAAGAUUUUUUCACUAAUAUAAUAAAUGAACUCGUAAUUAUUAUCCCAACAGAAGAUAGAAGAUUGGAAUCAAAUAAACAUAAUCAAAUUGAUACAUCUUCUGACGAAUUAAAAAUUCUUAUCUCGCUUUCUAUCAUUGCAGCACAAAGCGGUGACAAAAAAAAUACCACCUCAAUUAAAGACGAUUUAGACCUACUAAUACGAAAUAAACAAUAUACAAAUAUAUCAACAGGGGCUUUCACAAACUAUUUAGACGAAACUUAUGGGUUUCAAAAAACUGCUAUAGUUGUAUUUUUAUUAGUAUUCGCAGUAGCCACAUUAAGAUCACCAGAGAGUGAAAAUUUCGCAAUUCUCCAAUUUGGAAUUGCUAUAUUUCGUAUUAUCACUGUUACAGCGUUUACUUUUACCGAUGCUAAAGGUAUCCAGGCUCUUUACAUACCAAGCGUAGUAUUUUUAGCAGUCCCCUUAGGAUUCAACUUAAUUCUAGCAUUUUCAAUAUUAUUUAUGCAACGAGAUGACAAAUUUGUCGAAUGGUUUGCAAGAUAUGGAAGAUCCGCUACUUUAUUUGCUUUAUUAGCUGGCUCAAGUAUUGAUAUAUUAUUGGUUUUAAAAUCAUAUUUAAUGAAAUUUGAAAUUUUCAAUGCUCCAUUCUCUGAUAAAUCAUUGAAAAUGAUUUUUUGGGGAUCUUGCGCUGACGUACUUUUGGCAGAUAUUCCACAAUUUAUUAUUCAGAUAUUCUAUCUUCUUUAUAGUGUCGAAAUCGAAUUUCUUUUAAUUUUCUCUUUAAUAGCAUCAGGUCUUUCGGUGCUUUCCAACUUGCUUAGUAAAUUAUUCUUUAUUAAAUUUAAAGCGUAUUCCCCUUAUUUAAGUACUUUAUAUAUACAUCAUGCUGUCGAAUCUAAUGAUUCAGAUGAUUUUAAUGAUGAUAAAAAAAUUGUUGAAGUGAAUAAAGACAUAUAA